AAUAAUAAUAAUAAUAAUAAUAAUAAUAAUAAUAACUUCUAUUUGGAUCUUGUGAUGGGAUCUACGCUGGUGGGGACAACUCCACAGUCGGGCGGUGUGUGGCUGCUGCCAUCCUCUUUACCGCUGCCAAUGCCGCAGAGAGUGACGCCUGAUAAUAUGUUGUGUUUCUUCUCUGGACAGAACUGCAGUGCGGGGAUGAGUCUCACUCCUUCUGUGAACAGUAAUAAUAAUAACAAUAACAGGAAUAUCAGUAUGAAUGCGCUGCAGCCGCUCUUUCUUCUUCAAAGUGUUCCGCUUCAUAUGAUGAAUAAAGGCUUUGGGGGACAAGAACAGCCAUUUUGGGGGAGAUAG